AAAAUUAUACAUUGGUUUAAACAAUAAUGGACUGAAUGAAAGAAAACAAGUUGGAUAGGAAACAAUUGAUUAUCAUUUAAUAUCUAUUCAAAAUUAUUGCAGGUUCCACUAAAGUUAAGAGCAUCCCCACAGAAGCAAUGUAAAUGUAGUAUUUCAUGUUAUCUUGGUGUAUCUGUAGCAAAAAAUAGCAAUUAAUUGUAGACAUUGACCUUUGAAUAAAAGUAAAUCUUUGGCAAAAAUGAAUAUUAAUUUUUUCUUCUUUGUAGGUUUUAUGGCAACUUGAUAUAUUCCGUAGAAGUUUAAGAGGUCUUACAGGACACGUUUGUCAAGGUGAUGCCUGCAUAUUUUGUGCCUUGAAGACAAUAUUUUCCCAAUUCCAACACAGUCGAGAAAAGGCUCUCCCAUCAAAUAACAUGAGGCAUGCCUUGGCUGAAAGUUUUAAAGAUGAACAGCGAUUUCGACUUGGUUUUAUGGAUGAUGCAGCAGAAUGUUUUGAAAAUAUCCUUGAGAGAAUUCACUAUCACAUAGUACCAAGCAAUGGAACAGAUAUGUGCACUUCUAAAUCCUGCAUAACACAUCAAAAGUUUGCUAUGACAUUAUAUGAACAGCGUGUAUGUUCUACUUGUGGGGCAUCCUCAGACCCUUUGCCUUUUACAGAAUUUGUACGUUACAUUUCAACAACAGCAUUAUGCAAUGAAAUUGAUAGAAUGGUGGAAAGGCAUGAAAGACUCAAGCCAGAAAUGUUUGCUCAAUUCCUUCAGGCUGCAAAUACUAUAGAUGACUUCAGGGACUGUCCUAGCAACUGUGGCCAAAAAAUUAAAAUCCGUCGUGUUCUAAUGAAUUCUCCAGAAAUAGUUACUAUUGGAUUAGUUUGGGAUUCUGAACAUUCUGAUCUAACAGAAGAUGUCAUCCGAAAUCUGGCAACACAACUUUAUCUUCCAGGGUUGUUCUAUAGGGUUACUGAUGAACAUGCCAAAAACAGUGAGCUUUUUCUUGUGGGGAUGAUAUGCUAUGCAAGCAGACAUUAUUGUGCCUUUGCCUUUCAUACCAAGAGUUGUAAAUGGGUGUUAUUUGAUGAUGCUAAUGUUAAAGAGGUUGGAACAAAAUGGAAAGAUGUGGUAACCAAGUGCAUCCGGUGUCACUUUCAGCCAUUGCUACUAUUUUAUGCAAACCCAGAUGGUACACCAGUAUCAACAGAAGAUGCACUGCAGCAUAUAAUUCAUUGGUCGCAUUAUAAAGCCUCUACAGGAAAUGGAGAAGAAUUUGGGUUUGAGAAACAUACUUUUGUUAAAUCAGAUUAUGUAAAGGAGAAUGGAUUUGAAGAAACUUCUAACCAGAAGAGUAAAAAAGUACAGUUAGAAAACACUGCCUUUACUAGGAACUUUUCUCAACCUACUAAUGUCAGAGGGUCGAGUAAAUUGGGACAUAAUGAUCAUAGAGAAAAAGCAAAAGAUCUUUCCAGAGAAUGUGCUCAAAAGGCAGCUGAGAUGAAAAAUUACUCAUCAUCAUUAAGAAAAAACUCUGACAGAGGAUCAAGGAAAGAAUCUGGAAAACAAAAAGAUCUAUCAGGAGAAAUACAUACUAAUCUUAAGCCAGGAUCACCACCUUCUGGAACUGGAUUUAGGCAUCAUUCCAAUGAACGUUUAUAUAGUAGUCAAGGGAGAGGAUCUUAUCGACAUGAAAAGGUGCACAAUCAAAUUAGACCCACUGUACAGACAUUCAGCUCAAAUAAAACAGAAGAUGGGGAGAAGAUGAACCGUAUGAAAACUGACCACAUAGCUGGUUAUGAAACAGAUAGUAGCCAAGAUUCCAAAGACAAAGGAAGUAUCAGUAGCAGCAGAAGUCGAAGCAGAGGCUGGAAACCCAUGCGAGAAACACUGAAUGUUGAUAGCAUCUUUACUGAUGCAGAGAAAAGAGAACAUAAUUCAAAAUGCAAGCUAAAUGCAAGCAAUAAACUAAAACAUGAAAAGGAGCAGAGUUCAGUUAACUACCCAAAAGAAAAUCAGAGUCAGAAGGGUCUGAUGACUAUCUAUGAAGAUGAAGCAAAACAAGCAGGAAGCCAGAAUUCACUGGAUUUGGGAAAGAAAGGAAAUAGAGAAAAAACAACAGGAUUUAUAGAGAGAAAGGUUCAUCCUGAUAAUUGGCAGACACCAAGGACUGAAUGUGGCUAUGAAAGCAGUGAUCAUACCAGCAAUGCAUCUGCUAAUUUGGAUUCACCAGUUACUGAAGGAAACAGCCCAGUUGACCCCAACACUCCGAAAGAAAACAUUUUUUACAGUGACCAAAAUCUAUCAGUCAGAUAUUCUGGAAAUGUCUUGCAGUCUUUCUCCGCGCCGAACAAAAACUCUUUUGAAGCACUGAAGAAAGGUGAAGUUAAUACGCAUAUUAACUACAAGCCACCUAACUUAUCAACUUCUCAUCUGCAGAUACAAAGGACUGACGUACCAGAUUACAAUAAGAAGUCUUUACCUACAUUAACAGUGCAGACAGCUGUAAAAGAUCACAUUGAACAAGAAAUAAAAACCAGUACAAUCAGUGAGCAAAGCUCUUUACCAUGGUCUGGUGAAAAUGUACCUAUUGAGACAAAUAUCUAUAGUGCUGAUAGUUCAGUUUUUUCUUAUAUUGGUGAGAAUGGAAUCAUGUCUGAAAAAGUUCAAAACAACUGUGAAUCUUCAUCUACCCAUUUACAAGUCCCUUGCCCGGUAUCUCAUACCAAGACUGUUAAUUCCACUCCUACCCUUGCAUUUUUCUUACAACAGAAUAAACCCAAGUCUUGCUGUACUGAAUCUGCUUCUUCUACUGGACAUAAAACCAGCAUGUACAGUAAUAAGCAUGAUGGUGCAACAGAAACAGUUUACCAAAAUCUUCCACCACCUUUACCACCAAAGAAAUACACUCUGGCCCAUUUGCACGAUAUAGAACAAGAAUCCACUGUGGAGUUGAACUAUACAGAUCAUCCAAAAAUUGAAAAGCAUGUUGUUAUUGCUACUUCAAAAAGUAUACCAGAAACAAGUUCAUUUGCAAAUGAAGAAAGAUUGAAAGCACUUCAUUACAAUGAGUCCUCUAAGAUGAGUUUUUCACCGAGCUUAUUAGGAAAGGAUUUAUGCACUGCAUCUAACAAACGGACUUGUUUUACAGAACCAAAUUCUAGUUGCCUGGAUGCAAAUGCAAAUGAUGUUAUAUCGCUUACUACUUAUUUUUCAGUUGAUAACUGUAUGACUGAUACUUAUAGAAUUAAAUACCACCAGAGACCAAAACUGUAUUUUGCAGAUACUAGUGGGUCAAACAAAGAAAGGUCUUUGUUACCCACUGGAAUGCAGUUGGACACUACAUACCACCACACUUCUGAAUCAAAUCAUGCCACAUCUCAGCAGAAGCAUAAAUCUAAUAUUGGAAAUGUGUAGUGUAAUAUGAAUAAUUUGGAAAUGAAUAUAAAUCCUUAGAACUCCAACCCAAUGUGAUGUUUAAGUUUACAUACUUUAGCUACAUUUCAUUUGGAAAGUAUACAUUAAUGAAUUGUCCCUUGCAUGUGCAUGCGUCAUAAAGAAAUAUCAAAAAUGGUUUUAUGCUUGUGGAAAUGCCAAUUUUGCAUAAGUUCAAUCAAUUGCUUUCGUAUGAUAGAUACAGCUUUUUUUAAAUAAUACCAUUUCUUUUAAAAAUGACUUGAUUUAGAACAUGGAUGUCAAACUUGCCGCAUCAUGUGAUGUGUCACAACCAACCGGCCCGCAGGCCGGCAGUUUGUAUAUAUAUAUAUAUACAUACAUACAUACAUACAUACAUACAUACAUACAUACAUACAUACAUACAUUUGAAAAUAGGUUUUGGAUCUGAUUUCAUAGUUGGUUAAAUUUCUUACUAAUUAUAGCACUUUGUAGGUUAUAAAACCUAAAUCAUGUAUCCAUUUGCAAUUUCCAUAUUAUUUAGACAAUAGAACAUUUUAAAGCACAAUUGUUUAAAUUUAUUUUGAAUGUUGAAUUCUCAUGAAAAAAAUCUUUCACAGAAUUUGAAACGGGAGUAUGAUACAUAUUCUCAGAUAAGCCCUUUCACAGAUAAGUUGACCUUCACAAGUAUAGACAGUAAUUUGUACUGCUUUAAAAAAACAAGAUUUAAAUAUAAGGAUUAUUCUUACGCACCAAAGGAUACAAUGCAAUAACAAGGUAGUACAACGUUUAUAAUGGCCUUGAGAGUUUUUGUCUUAUGAAAAUGGUGUUCUUUAUGUAAAGUUUGUCACAAAAGGAAAUUUUUAGUGAUAUGAAUUGUUUACAUGCACUUCAUUUUUUUCAUGUAAAGGCACUUUCAAGCUUGCUAUGUAAAAAUUGAAUAUAGUCUACAUACACUGUACUACCUCAGUAUGACAAUAUGGAUUAUUUUAGUAUGUAUAUACAGUAUAUAUUUACACACACACAUGCUGGAUCUACUAUACUUAGUGUAUGUAUGUAUACACACACACAAAUUUAUAUACACACACACACACAAACAAAAUGUGUGUGUGUGUGUAUGUGUGUGUGUCAGAAGUGUGCCAAACACUUCAGUUUUGAAAAGCUCCCUUUCAAAUGAAAGAUAUAUAGAGAGAUUUAUGGGUUGAUAUAAAUGGGCUGCAUGUUGUAGCAAUUUUUCAGGCUUUUGUGUCUGAUGUCAUUUUGUAGUUAUGACUUCCCUGUGAACUGAUUAGCUCCAGGACAAAACUUUCACAGUGUGAAAUACUGCAUUUUCUACAUAGUUACAAGUGUAUUAAAUUGGCUUCCUGAGGAGCAUGUUUCUUGUUAAAGACCUGAGUAGCCAGAGAGUAUCAAGGAAAACAUUUCUGAAACACUUAGAAAUUCUGUUUGUGAGAUAUUUAGAACUUUUGCAAGCAAGUGAAAAAGUGCAUUAAAUGGAUAUUCAUUUCCCCUUAUAAUCAGGUACUCUUAAUUAGAAAUUUAAUAGUCAACACUAUUGUUUUGCCAAAUGAAACAGGCAGCAUAAGAAAUUUUAUGACAGAAUUAUUUUAAAACUCCUUGUUAGACUAAUCAAAAAUGUAUUAAAUGCUGGAGGCAUAUGCUGAUAUUAGAAAUAUGCACAGAAUGGCAUAAUCAUUAAAAACUUACAUUUUGUAGUAGACAAAUAUUAACCAUUUAUCUAUUUUCUUGAAUCAGUUAUCCAGGAUCGCAUUAUCUUUUAAAUAUUUGAAAUAAUGCCUUAAUGAAGUUUUAGAUUUUAUUUUAAUAUACAGUAUAUUUUAUGGUAGCUAGAGUUUUAAAUAGCAAUAGUUUCUUGCAUCGUGCAGUAUUUUAAAUAUAAAAAUUAUGCACAGCAGUUGUUUGUAAUAAAAAACAUUUAAGUAUAUUGUUGGGCUGCAAAAAAUGUGAUAAAUUGUAUAAAUAUAUUUUUAUAUUAAAGCUGCUGUGGAGAAUAUUUAAAUCAUUGCAUGUAUAGAAAGUACUCUGGUUUUCUUAAAGUCUUAUUUAAUACUACCAGCAAAGGCACAAACUGAUUCUGAUCAGUUCAGCCUGAAAAUAAUUCCUUUUUAAAGAUUGAAAUGGAAUACACUUGCAGUUUUUAGGUAAAAAUGUAUGACACAGUACCUUUUAAAAUUCUUUAUAUAAGCAUUUUUUAUUAAAAUAAUAGCUACAAAGAUGAUCCUGAAAAAAUGUAAAUGUGUUUUAGUUUUCAGCAUGAUAGCUGCUAUGUGUUUUGGAAAACCAUUGUAAGUUUGCACUAUUAGAUUAAAUACAAGUACAAAUUUGUGAUUUUGUCCAAAUGGAGAAAAUGCUAUUAAAAUUGGUGGUUGAGCCUACUCGGAAUAUUAUUAGUAGUGUAAAAAUAGAGAUGCUUGCAUGCUUCCCUACAAUAAGGAAUAUGGUUACAUUAAAGUUCCACAUUUAUGUUAAUGGAGUCUUCCUGCUCUCUAAACUUUCAGAGAACAAAUAAUGUCUGAAAGAUAUGGGCAGUCCUUGACUUAUGACCAUUCGUUCAAUGCGUCUUUGAAGUCACAACAGCACUGAAAAAAGUGGCUUAUGACCACUCCUUGCACUUAACAACCAUCACAUAAAUCCCUAUCAUAUGAUUGUGAUCUGAGUGUUUGACCCCUGUUCAACGCAACAGUUGAAGUGUCCUGCAAUCACCAUUUGUGACUUUUCCAGCCAGCUUCUGAUAAAGUCAAUGGGAAGGAUGGGAAAGUUACAAGUCAGAGUCACAUGAUAUUUCCCUUAGCAACCACAGUGAUUUGCUAAGCAGCAAAAAGCUCAUAAAACUGGAUGCGUCACUUAACUUCUGCCCUGCUUAACAACAAAUUUUCCAGCCCCACUUAUGGUCAUAAGUUGAAGACUACCAGUAGGUCUAGUGACUAAGAUAUAAGAUUAGAGGCAGAAGACCGGAGUUUUUGUCCUGUCUUAGAUACAAAACCAACUGAGUGACUGAGACAAUUACUCCUAGAAAGAACGCACCAGCAAAAUAUUUCAGAAGCUGUUCCCCAAAAAUUGCAGUCAAGACUGAGUUGAAGGCUCAAAGAUUGAAUAUCUUUUUUCACUGACAGUAUCUUACCUAUUUUCUUCUCCAUAUCUUCAAGUUAGUCUUGACUCCUGACAAGUGCCUGGACAAGUCCUUUGCUGUCUUGACAUAUUUGAAAGUAGUUUGCCGUUACCUUCCUAGGAGUAAAAGUGAGUCAACUGGUCCAACCUGCCCAGCUGGCUCUGUACCUAAGAUGAAACUGGAACUCAAAGAGUUCCCUGUUUUCUAUUCUGGUGCUUUAACUAGCACACCAGACUGACCCUCCAUCUUAACUAUGAAUGUAACUCCACAUUGUCAGUUUCUUUUUAUGGAGCUGACUUAGCUUUUAAUCUUGUUGAUAUCUAUCAUGCUUGAGUGCUUUUUCAGAAGUUACUGGUUUGUUUAAAGCAUGUAUAGUUAACAUAUUCAUGAUUACAAAUAAAACCGAGAGAUCAUGAUUACAAAUAAAACCAAGAGAAGUAACUUCAAUUCAAAGUAACUAAAAUUAGUUUCUGAUAUUUUAAGUUUUUUUUAAAUUAAAAAAGUCUCAUUUCAUUCCUGAUAUGCAGGUAAUAUGUAAUAAUGUAACACCUUUAUAGGUAAAAAUGGAAUUAUAAGUACUGGAAUCAAAGUGUACAAUUGAAAGCUGUUACUGAAUUAAUUUGAAUUUGUAAUAUUUAUGUAAACACUAAUGUGAAUUACCUGUUAAGAAUAUUACUGUAUUUUAAAAAUGUAAAGCAAAUGUUCAUUUCCUGUAUAAAUGAGAAAUGUUGGAUUUGUGAGUACAUGUACUUUAAAGAAAUAUAAAAGUCUUAAUAGACAUUUUCACACAAA